AUGUCAACAUUUUCAAAAACAAAUUUUAAAACUUUGAAUUAUAAUUCAUUUCGUCCUCAUUAUCCACCAUCAUUUUACAAAAUCUUAAGUAAUUAUGUUAUUAAAAAUAAUGGUAAAUUACCAAUUGAUCAAGCUGUAGAUUUAGGCUGCGGUACUGGUGUUGCAACAUAUCCAUUAUUAAACUUUGUUGAAAAAGUAAUCGGGUUGGAUUUAUCUGCAUCAAUGAUAGACACCGCAAAUUCAAUCAAAUUAGAGAGAUUAAAAGUAUUAGAUAUUUCAGAUAGCUCUAGAAUUUCAUUUAAGGCUGGUUCAGUUGAAGAUUUUAUAAAUUCUCAAGAUAAUGAUAUCCAAGAAUCUAGUGUUAAUUUAAUUAUAGCUGCUCAAUGUAUUCAUUGGUUUCAAAAUUAUGAUUUAUUCUUUAAAAAUUCAGCAAAGUUGCUUAAACAAGGUGGAACAUUAGCUUAUUUUUACUAUAUUGAUCCAAGAAUAGUCAAUUUUUCAGGUCCAGGUAAAGAUAAUAGAGCUGAAGUGUUGGAAAAAGCUUAUGCCGUUUAUGAUAAAUAUGUAUAUGGUGAUGAUUAUAUCGGUCCUUAUUGGGAACAACCUGGUAGGUCAAUAUUAAAAGAUUUUUGCGUCGAAACAAAUAAACAUAUCCCAAGAGAUUUAUACGAAGACGUUACGAUUGAGACUUUUAAAGCUUCUGAAGAUACCUAUCCUAAUGAAGACAAAGAUUUGGAUUUAAAAAAGACCAGUUUGGAUAUUAAGGGUUAUUUGGAUUAUGUUGGCACUUAUUCAGGAUAUCAUAAUUAUAAAGAGACAACAGGAAAGACUGAUUUAUUAGAAAAUGAGUUCUUAAAUGAGUUACUUGAAGUUACUGGAUGGGAUUUAGAGAAAACUAAAAUUGAUUUGGUAUGGAACACUGGUUAUACAUUUGUCAGAAAGAAGUAG